UCCAGGCGAUGGCGGGCGAUGGAGGAAGGCGGGAGGAGGAGGCGGCGGCGGAGGCUGAGGCGGCCUGAAGGGGUGGCACCACGUCGAUGGAUGGACCGCCGUCUGCUGCGGAAAUGCCGCUUGGUGCUCGCUGCGUCCUUCUUCAGGGGUCGGGGCCCGGGAACCUUCUGACCAAAGAUCCUAUAGCAGAGCUAUAAGAUCUUUGCCUCUGACUGUUGUAGUCGGCAGGGCAGUACUCUGCAUAUCGCCAACUUGGACAAUUUCACAUUUUUAUUAUCAAGCCAAUUAAUCAAGCCAAUUAUAACCUGCAAACCCGCACGUCUUUGGAGUGUGGGAGGAAACAGAAGUUCUCGGAGAAAAUCCGCGCAUAUCACGGGGAGAACGUACAAACUCCACACAGACAGCGCCCGCAGUCGGGAUCGAACCUGGGUCUCUGGCGCUGCCGGCAGAGGAGACGGACGGAGCCGUCUGGACAACCGCGGGGUGGUCGUCGGCCUCGCUCGGCCCGCAGUCAAUGGAACGCUGACUGAAGGCACUCCAGAGAGCCAAGCACCUUCACAAUGAAUCUAGCCCGACUUGUCUGUCGACACAAAACAGCCCUUGGUAUUGGCACCUUGUCCAUGUUUGCACUGAUGUUACUUUACCUGGCCAAAUGCACCUUGGAGACGCUGACUCCGGGCUUGCCUCACGCGCUGGAGAGGCGAGCGGAAGUUCAAGGCCAGAGCAGGGCCAAGGGAUUCUCAGCCUUUCUCGUGCUGCUGAUCACCACUGGCCCAAAGUACACCGAGAGGAGGAGCAUCAUCAGGAGCACGUGGCUGGCUAACCGGGACUCCGAAAUACUCCCGUACUUUGCCAUCGGCACCAGUGGGCUCACACCAGACGAGGUUCAAAACCUGGAGCAGGAGAACAGUCGCCAUCAUGAUCUACUGCUACUCCCGGACUUAAAGGACUCGUAUGAGAACCUUACCAACAAGAUUCUUCACAUGUACGCAUGGCUAGACCAAAAUGUGGACUUUAAGUUUGUCCUGAAAGCAGAUGACGACACAUUUGCCAGGUUAGAUAUAAUUAAAGAAGAACUGAAAGCAAAAGAGCCAAAGAAACUCUACUGGGGUUUCUUCUCUGGACGAGGAAGAGUUAAAUCAAAUGGAAAAUGGAAGGAGAGCACUUGGGUACUGUGUGACUAUUAUUUGCCUUAUGCUCUUGGAGGUGGGUACGUUCUCUCUUCUGAUAUCGUGCACUACAUUCACAUUAACAUUGAUUAUCUGAAGGUCUGGCAGAGCGAGGACGUGUCUUUGGGUGCUUGGUUGGCACCAAUCGAUGUCAAACGCAUCCACGACCCACGGUUUGACACUGAGUACAAGUCGCGCGGGUGCAACAACAGGUACAUCGUGACGCACAAGCAGAGUAUCGAGGACAUGCUGGAGAAACAGCAGACACUCCAAAGGGAAGGGAAACUGUGCAAAGAGGAGGUCAAAGUAAGACUCUCGUACAUCUACGAUUGGUAUGUCCCGCCAUCUCAGUGCUGCCAGCGAAAGGAUGGCAUCCCCUGAUCUUCAACGUAGCCCUGGCAAGGAGAACUCACUGAGACCUGUUUGGAGAAUUGAAAGUGGUGGAGUGGAUGUCAGUGCAGGAAAUCUCUCUGUGAAAGGGACUCCAGCACCAUUGUUCCGUACUUUGCCCACACAUUGGUCUUUUCCUAAUUUCGAGUCUGCGAGAUUGCACAUUUGGUGUUUUUUUCCCCAAAAGGCACAAAGCUGCUGUUCUUCCUGAUCAGAGUGGAGAAUAGGUCAUUAUAGUGCCACGGAUUCAAUCCCUGUCUGACUCCCAUCGCAGACAGGCUUUACAUUGAUGUACAAUGCCAUCCUUUCUCAUCGUUUCUGGGUGCAAAUGGGGCACUGAAGAAUUCCUGGUGUUAACUUAUUCCAACAGUUGUUACUGAGAGGUCCCUGACUCCUUUGUACUUCUAUUUAAUUGCACAAGAGCCAAAAACUCUAGGAUUUGUCUAAAUCAACAAUGGUAAAUGAAAAAAUAUUUGCGUGUAUGCAUAUGCAUCUCUGUUUAUAAUUGGGUAUAAAUUAGCAACAUAUUUGGGUAGAAGCCUUUGGCUUGACUGAGCCUUGCAUUUUGUUGAUUUGUUCUUGUCCAGUUAGAAUUUGCUCUCAACUGACAAUGUUCCCAUCUCGCAAGUAAAAUUUACUAAACUAAAUGCUGGUUUUAAACUCGGGCAGCAACACAUUCUUGUUUUAAAACAAAGAGAUUGGAGUCCAGGUUAAAUUGUAUAAAAUGUUGCAAUAGUGCCCUCCAUAAUGUUUGGGACAAAGGCCCAUCAUUUAUUUAUUUGCCUCUGUACUCCACAAUUUGAGAUUUGUAAUAGAAAAAAAUCACAUGUGGUUA